UAACGAGUAAUACAACAACUCAUAGCAAUAAGACUUUUGAUAAAAAUUGAUUGAAUUAUUUAUUGCAGAAAACUCAAUUUGUAACAAUGGAAACCAUAAGUGAUCCAUAUCGAAGACAUCUUUUCGACGACGAUUCUACAUUUAAUGUUUAUAAAGAAGAAAUAACAAAUUUAUCAGUUGGUGCUCCCGGUCCUGACUUACUCCAAUAUUGUGUAGAAAUGAUGAAAAAAGCAACAGAUCAUCGAUUGGAAGAAGAAACGAAAGAAGGAAAGUAUUAUUUGUUUCAAUAUGGCGUUACAGCAGGCUUAUGGGAAUGUCGUGAAGAAUUAGCAAAAUUUUUAACUAGACGUUACGGUGAUCCUGUGAAACGUGAAAAUUUAAUUUUAACAUGUGGAGCUUCACAUGGUUUGCAACUUUUAUUGAAUACCAUUAUCGCUCCAAACGGAAUAAUUUUUGUAGAGGAAGUCACUUAUAUGAUAGCCUUAGAUACUUUUAAACAAUUUCCAUUAAUGAAAAUAAUCACAGUACCAAUGAAAAAUGAUAUGGUAGAUGUUAAUGCAUUUGAAAAAAUAGUUAUGGAACAGAAAUAUAAUCAUAAUUUUUUAACAAAUGAGCAAAAAAUAUUCUGGGCUAUGUUUUAUACAAUACCCACUUUUCAUAAUCCAACUGGAUCAACUUUACUUAUUGAAAAUUGUAAGCGUCUCGUUGAAAUAGCACGAAAAAAUUCUAUAAUAAUCGCCUGUGAUGAUGUAUACAACUUAUUGUAUUAUGGAGAUGGUUUACCACCACAUCGAUUAUUUUUUUAUGACCAACCAACAGAUUCUGAAUAUCGAGAUGGUAAUAUUAUAUCUAAUGGGACAUUCUCAAAAAUUUUUUCUCCUGGUCUUCGUUUCGGAUGGAUGGAAUGUAGUCCACGAAUUGCCAAGAUUUUUAGACAAUCAGGAAUCUUAUGCAGCGGUGGUGCAGUUAAUCAUUAUAUAUUCGGUGUUGUUACAAGUUUAUUACAACUUAAUAUGCAAGAUAAUUAUCUCGAUAAAUUAAUACAAAUAUACAAGGAACGAUUAACUGUAUUAUGUAAUGUAUUGGAUCAUUGUUUACCACAAGGCUGUUCAUAUAAAAAACCAGAAGGUGGUUAUUUUGUAUGGAUUCAUCUUCCCUUAGAUAUAAAAGGCAAUAAUUUUAUUGAAUGGUGUCAAAAAACAUAUAAAGUAUCUGCCAUACCUGGGAUACGAUUUUCAUAUUUAGAAAAAUCUCAUAAUUUUCUACGAAUUAGUAUAAGUUUUCAUAAAAAAGAAAUUUUAGAAACUGCCACAAGAACUCUUUGCAAAGCUCUUUUUGAUUAUAUAUUAAAAAUAUGAAUAAAAUAAUUAUAU